AUGGCGCAGACGAAAGGGCAGGGGGACGCCCUCGCCCUCAUCAGCACGCCGGCACGUCUGAGGCCGAAGGGGCAGGGGGAAGCCAUCGCCCUCCUCAACAAGGAGCCAUCAGGGUGCGCCGGCAAGUCGGGAGCGCAGAAGGAGUGGCCAUUGUGGCGGUUGAGCCUCGUCGCGCUCCCGUGCCUGUCCAUUACGGUCGUGUGGUCGGUCAUCAUGCCGUGCAGCGCGCCUUACUUGGUGGCGCUCGGGAUGAGCCCCGCCUCGGCCACCCUCAACAACAUGGCGGGCCCGAUCUGCGGCUUCUUUACCUGCCCGCUGAUCGGCGCGCUGUCCGACUCGUCGACCUCCGCCUACGGGCGAAGGAGGCCCAUCAUCGUGGCCGCGCUCGGUGCCCUGUGGGUGUGCGGGCUCCUCUUCGCCUCCAGCGCGGCGCUGCUGCCCGCCAGCGCCGCCGCGGGCUUUGCGGCCUGCAUGCUAUGGCUCAUCGACAUCGCGCUCAACGCGCUGUCGACGCCCAUGAGGGUGCUGGUGGCGGACCUCGCGUCGAGCGGCCAGCAGGUGCAGGUGCAGGUGCUGGUCGCCUGCUUCCAGGCGGUCGGCUUCCUGGUCGGCUUCUCCACCAUGAAGGUCUACGGCAGCGACGGCGGCCUCUCGAAGCACAUGCUCGAGAUCAUGGUCGUGGUUUGCUGCAUUCUCACGGCGGCGGUCGCCGUCAUGCUCUGUGUGGCCGUGGAGAAGCCGUUGGCGGUCGACGGCGCCGCCAGGCAGUCCAGCCCCGUGUCGGACGUGCUGGAGGCCGUGCGGGGGAGCUCCCUCCUGUUGAGGCGGCUGGCCGGCGUGCAUUGCCUGGUGUUCGUCGGCGCAACGGUGUGGCUCUCGUACUCCGUGCAGUGGUUCGGCCUCUGCGUGUUCGCGGGUGAUCCCCUCGCGCCCCAAGGCUCCGCGGCCCAUCGCUCGUACGCCUCGGGCCAGGAUCACGAGCGUUCGCGUACGGGGGGCAGUGCGGCUCGCUGCUGA